AUGUACAUGCUUACCCUGGAAGCGAUACAGAAUGCGUUGACAAACUGGCACUCUAACUCCGAGAUAUUCAUCUCAACAGAUACUGCAGCCUGGGUAACACCUGGAUGGGUUCGUGGCGGCUUCUUGUUCUGCCAAGCUGAGCACAUCUUAUUGGCACUCAUCAAUAAGCGCGUUCUUGUGAACACUCGGCAGGGCACUAGGGAAACCAUGACGCCUUUCACCAUGGAGCUUUGA